GAGUCUCUAGAUCAAUGAAUAAAGACACCUCCUUCCCCAAUAACCCAUCUCCCACAGCCCUUGGUUGCACCUGCAGAUUCCCUGUACCAGCCAGCAAAGAAUAAAAAAAAAGCCUUACCAUGCAGAAUCAUCAUGAUAAUGACCUCAAGACCAAGCAACAAAGAUCACGAUCAUUGAAGACACUUCAUUAUCUAUACAGCAUGUCAUAUCACCAUCGUCAACUACAAUCGUUAUCAAACUAUCACCAAUGAAUCUCCCCACCCCUCCCUCCAUCUUUACCAAAAACAACAACAAUAACAACACCUCCAGCAUAUCCAACCGCUUCAAACGAACUACCAAAUCAUCCAUCCCCACCGACGACGUCCCCAUCGGCCGAACCCUCGUCACCGUCAAAGGAAACCCAUCCCACGACCCCUCCGUCGACGACCAUGACCACAUCCACCCCCCUUACCCAGCCUGCGACAAACUAUCCGCCUCCUUCCCCCUCGAGCCUCGCUACAUGUACCGCGUCCAAUACCACGGGAGUCGAACACGUCUCAACGAAAAGGGUCUCGAAGCAGACGUCCACGCAUGGCAUCCCCGAUGCUCCGAAACACAACCUGAUCUUCGCCAAUUCGAACCUUUCCGAGACGCAGUCCAUAAAUGUCUCGCGGACGUGCGCGAUGAUGAAUCGUUCUAUAGUCCCUUCGUGGCGUUAUAUGCGGAUGAGAACUCGGCUGAUUUCUGGGCAAGGAGAUGGAGAAGUGUGUAUAAGAAAGAGUGGGAAAGGUGUUGGUUGUUUAAAAUCGAUACGACGAAGAUGGAUCCGGAUACGACGAGGUUUUAUAGUGUUUGGGAUUUGAGGAAUACUCUUGAUGUUCAGCAGGGGGAUGUGUUGAGUGCGUUGAUUUGGCAACAUAAGGGUGAAGCGUUGGUUUUGCAUCGUGUCCCUAGUGAUGCGAUUGUGGGGAUUAGAGAGAUUUUGAGACCGGUGAUACCGUGGUACAAAAGACGCAUUUCCUGGGGAAAAACCAAAAACAUCAUCAGAAAGGCACUCCUUAUCGACUACCUCUGGUAAGAACUGACUAUCGAGUAUACCACCUCGCUCGUUUUCCUAUCGACGUUCUUUUCACCAUUUUCUGCGCUCACAAUCUCUAUUACCACGGAACUUGGCACCGUCGCUGAAUUGGGGUUUUUUUUAUCGAUUGAUUAGAUGUCAUUUGGGCUUUUUAGGG